AUGCUUGUACAUGGUCUUUUUUACGAAGAAUUUCAGAAGAUGUUGCUAAUUUUGCUGUGUUUAUCUUUAUCUGGUUUACCAUGCCCGACCUACGGAGGAAACACUUUACAGGCUAACGUACGGACAAAGGUUGAUUUGUUGAAAUCGUUAAUCUACGACAACACAAAAGCCACGGUUACCCUGGAUUCAUCAGCUCUCAAACAACUCAUUCAUAUUUCUUCAGAUUCAUCCAGUCCUCCACACCGAGUCAGCUUUUCUGUUAACUUAGAAUCAAAAUCGCUUACGCUCGGAGUAGGACAAAUAGUGAAGUUUGAUGCAGUCUUGACAAACGAUGGGAACGGAUAUGACGACAGAACGGGGGUGUUCACAUGUCCUGUGGCGGGAACCUACAUGUUUGUUGUCGAUGCUUUAUCUUACCCAGGGCUCUGGUUAUUUUUGAAAGUCAACAAGAAAACGGUUGCUAAACUUCACGUGUCUGCUAAUUACAAAGACAAACCUUUAGUCCAAAUAAGUAGGACAGUCAUAGUGACAUUGAAGUUUGGAGACCAUGUGAAAGUUGAAAAUCAAGGAAACAACGGUUUCAUAAAUCAUGGCCUUUAUUCGGGAUUUACGGGAUUUCUCUUGUACUGAUCAAAGUUAGAAAUAUGAUUCACUUUAACAAUAAUAAAACCAGUUCUUUCAUAAUUAUUAA